AUGGUUGUGGCGGAAGGCGUUAAGAAUGCGGAUCGAAAGGCUACUGAGAACGACUCUGCCGCGCAGAAAGAGGCUCGUGAGAUUUGGUCUGUAUAUGAGGAAACGGUAUUAGAACUCGGUGCUGGCGCCGCUCUGCCCUCCCUUAUCUACGCACUCGCCAAUACCUCGCUAGUCGUCGCAACAGACCAUCCUUCCUCACCAGCUCUUACUAGUACAAUCGAGUUUAAUUUAAAGCAGAACCUCUAA